GGCUGACUACUGGUUUAUCUGAUGCGCCGUAGUCGGGAAAACAAUAGAUUUCAAGGUCGCGCAGUGUGACUACUUUCGAACAGGAAGUUACUCCAGUCAGAGAUUGUCGUCCAGUCACUCCUUCCCUUUGAUAUCUGUUGCCGUAGCAUACCAUCUGCCACAUUUGAUCAGAUCAGUAUUUAUUUGUUGCUAAUGAAUAACGAACGUGUAGCUAUGCUAGAGACCAGGAAAAAUCUAGACAGGAAAACGCAUUCGAAACAUCCGGUGUGUGGUCGCUUUGUUUUCUUUUUCCAUUUUGUCCUUGGGUUAAAUGGCAUUUGACGCAUAGUUCCCUUUCCUCCAAUGUCUAAUAAACACAAUGACUUCCCAUCCUUCGGUCAGUCCUUCCCGCUGUAGGUCGGCGUCCCACGUCAGCCUUCGACUCUGUCCCAGGACCGAAAGGUUCCUCCGGCCGGUGAAUUUGCUUCUUCCUUCAAUUGCCCUCUUGUGCCCAGCUGCGUCGCUGAACGGAGCUGAACUCGGCUCUACACAGAGCCAGUUAAACUCUUCUUCAACACACGAACUCCCCUCCGCCUGCUGCCCAGAGGAUAUUGAUGAUAAAUGGCGCCGUUCUGCUUGUUGAUGUGAGAAGCAAGUAUUUCAUUGUUAUUUUUUCAUCUUCCACUGAUUUCUAAAAAAGGAAAGAACAAAUGGGUUCAUAUAAAUGAGAUUUAGAAAUCUACCUGGAGGAAGCUACAAUACAAUAUCCUAAAGCUCUUACUACGAAUAGACCUAGUGCUUUCAUGCAGCGACGCGCCGCAUUGGUGAAGCAGGAUGAAGCAAUGUUUGCUUUUGAAAGGUCCGUAGCUGCAUUGUUCUCGGGGUAAAGGGAGAGCGGGGAAAGGGUUUUAGAAUGGGACAGAGGGAGGGGACUGAAGUAGGCGCGUAGGCAGACAGUGACAAGGUAAUAACAGUAGAAGAAUUGGAAGGCAUAUGCUAUAUUGAAGAUUCAUUCAUGUCACCCACUUAUCUUAUGGAAAGAGCAAGAUGUAUUCACUGUCGAGAAUAAAGCCGGACUGAUAGACAAGGGGCAUGUGCUGGGCGAGAGAAGGCCGUACCUUAAAUACCUGUAAGAUGCUGAGCUUGCAUCAUACAAGUCAAGUGACCCUGACAUUAAAGACCAAUAAAGAUCUCUUUAAGUCCACGUACCGUUUAUUAUAUAUGAUUCUAGACAUUUUGCAAGUGGAUAUUCUAAGUAUUGUACCGUCUCAAGUAAAAGGUUGCGCUCAGACUGACGGUUUACGACAGCUCAUUUUUACAGACAUAUUACAAAUUAACGUGUAAUUAAACACAUGCAUCAACACAUAAACCACCGGUAAAUAAUAUGGUUAGACUUAAAUGAAUCUUGUACAUCACGCGACAGAAUUCCAAUAUCAGGGGAUUUAAACUUUCUUGUACGUGCUCAAAACUAACAAACUCCUUUAUGUACGUUUUUUGUGAAUUAGGUAAUACCUGAACAAGAAAUACAUGUGGUCAGUAUUGCAAUACAAUGUACAACAGAAGCGAACGGAAGUCAUAACUUUAGCGAACAGCUGUUUCCGGAAUAUGAUUCUUGGAAUAUAGAAGUGACACAUUACUAAACAAUAAGAACAAUAAGCGAACAAGAGCAGUCAAGCUCAAGUCUCUACCACGCCAAAAUGACAUUUUUGAAGACAGUGGCACCGCAAUGGCGCGCCUUCGUCAUCGUCCUCACGCCAAUCCUGCUCGGAAUUUUUCCUCUUCUCAUUCCGACGCCGGAAGCGAGAUGCGGGUACGUCAUCCUCGUCAUGGCCGUGUACUGGAUGACGGAAGCGAUCCCCCUGGCCGUCACCGCCCUCAUUCCAGUGUUCGCGUUCCCGCUGCUGGGGAUCCUGUCGACGGGGAAGGUGUGCCUCGUCUACAUGAAGGAGACCAAUAUGAUGUUCCUGGGGGGCCUCACGGUCGCCAUAGCCGUGGAGCACUGCAAUCUGCACAAGAGGAUUGCGCUCUUUGUCAUCUUGCAUAUUGGUCAAAGUCCGCGACGGCUGAUGGCAGGCUUUAUGCUGACAACCAUGUUCCUCUCCAUGUGGAUAUCGAACACGGCUUCCACGGCGAUGAUGGUGCCUAUUGUGGACGCCAUUCUGGUUGAGUUAUAUUCGUCCCGCGACAAGGACGGGGAGGGAAGAGAGCCGGCUGGUGACCUGAGCGUGGCUCCGCAGCACCAGAGCCAGAUGGAACUCGUCACCACCAACGGCAAAUCAGGCCAGAGCCAGGAAGUCAGAGAGCUGGCAGUCAUACAGGAGAAGGACCAGCAGGAGGACGUGCAACUAAAAGCAGAGAAAGGACAAGAACAAGUGCAGCAGGAACAGAAGCCGAAAGAGGAGCAGGAGCGGAUUCCGAUUGAGGACGAAGCUGCUGUGCUCCUGACGACGUCGCAAAGACCGGAACGCAUGCAGCCCAUCUUCUGCAUGUCCUACCUCGGCCUCGCCUACGCGGCCAACGUCGGCGGCACGGGCGUUGUGACCGGCACCGGGCCUAACCUCGUCUUGCUCAGCACCCUGAAGAGCUCCUUUUCCGAGCCCACCGGCCUCAACUUCGCGACGUGGAUGGCCUUCAACGUGCCCGGGAUGCUGGUGUGCGUGCUGCUGGCGUGGCUGUGGCUCCAGUUCCUCUUCAUGGGCCUCUGCGGGCGCAAGAGCACCAUUCAGCAGACAACCCCCGAGCGAGAGGCCGCCGUGAAGCGCCUCAUUAGGGAGAAAUACCGCCAGCUCGGACCCAUGACUCACCACGAGGCCACGGUCCUCACGCUCUUCGUCGUCCUCGUGUUCCUGUGGCUCUUUCGCGCGCCCGAGUUCGUCCCCGGUUGGUCCAAGUGGUUCAGCGCCGCCUUCGGGGAGGACCUAGAAGUCGAUGACGCUACGCCCGCGAUGUUAAUUGUGUUCCUGCUCUUCGUUCUUCCCGCCAAACUCAACUUCUGGUGCUUCAGGGACCCUAACGCGCCGCCCACCUCCUCCCCCGCCUGCAUGACGUGGGACGUCGUGCAGAAGAAGAUCCCAUGGGGCGUCGUCCUUCUACUGGGCGGAGGCUUCGCCAUGGCAGAGGCGUCGAAGGUGUCUGGACUGUCCGAAUGGCUGGGGGAGCAGCUACGGUACUUCGACGUGAUGCCCAAGGAAGCCAUCGUCUUCAUCGUCUGCCUCAUGACGGCCAUGCUGACUGAGGUGGCGUCCAACACAGCCACGGCGUCCAUUCUCCUUCCAGUCCUGAAGGAACUUGCUCUGAACAUACAGGUGAACCCGCUGUACCUGAUGCUGCCGGCCGCCGUGUGCUGCUCGUACGCCUUCAUGCUGCCCGUCGCCACGCCGCCCAACGCCAUCGUCUUCUCCGCCGCCAACAUGAGGAGCCAGGACAUGAUGAAAGCCGGUUUCGCCAUGAAUGUGAUUUGUGUUCUGGUCAUUACGAUCAUGAUCAACACGCUCGGAGUGGCGCUUUUCGACCUUCAGAACAUGCCUUCUUGGGCCAACUCGACUAUCCCUAACAAUCCCGCGUGAGGCUCGAAUCUCGGGGUAGCAUUGUAAGAAAGAAGUUUAGAUUCUCUCCAUCUCUCUCUCUCUCUAUCUAUCUAUCUAUCCAUCUAUCUAUCUAUCUCCCCCUCUUUCUCUCCCCCCCCCCCUCUCUCACUUUCUCCCGCUCUCUCCUUUCUCUCUGUGAGUCUCUGCCUCUGUCUCUCUCCCUCUCUCUCUCUGUCUCUUUCUCUCUCUCUCUCUCUCUAUCUCUCU